AAGUUGCAGCGGCACACUGUGGCUGAUGGCGGCGGCAUGCUGUGGCUGGAGGCUAAUGUUGCGACAGCUAGUGAUAUAAUAGAAACGGUAGCAUCUUGUACUGUGGCAUCGAUACAGAAUGUUGUACAGUGCUGUGCGGCGGCAUAUAAUACUGUGGCGUCAUGUACGGUGGCGUCUUGUCUUGCAGCACGUUAUGCGGCAGUGUAUCACGUUGUGGCAUUCAAUUUAACAUGUUGUACAGUGGCGUCUCAUGUUGCGGCAUCAUUACAUCGUGUUUGUGGCGCAUUCUAUCCAGUGGCGUUUAAGUCUUCAGGUGCUCUAGUGGCAAUAUCUCAUUGCGGUGUCAUCCUCACUGGGCACAUGUGGGGACAACUUCGUGCUGUGGCGAUGUCACGUCAAUGCGGCAGCGAUUUUAUAUCGUGUGACAUCCGGCACUUCAAGUGGCAACUUCAUUUUGCGGCAACGUCCCGUUGA